AUAUUUAUGAGAAUCUUUUUAUAAUAUCAAUAUCAGCCUAUUUAAAACCCUUUCUAAACUUACCCGUCACAUGGCAGUCAGAAAAUUCAAUAUCAUCCCAGGUGAAAUGUAAUUUGUUUGCACUGUUUAUCUUUUGCCACACGGGGCAGAGCAAGCUUUUAGCAACUUAUGAGAUCACCGGAAACUGUGUUGAAGCUUGUUGGAGUAUGUAAAACAACCAAAUUGCUGACUCAAUUGCGUUCUUUAACUAUCAAAACUGGACUACGUUACGACACUCACUUAGCUGCAAAACUGACUAAGUUGUAUUAUGAAUUGUUACCUGUUCAAACUGCACGUAAGCUGUUUGAUGAAAUUCCUCAACCAAAUGUAUACACCUGCAACCGCAUUCUACAACGCUUAUGUGGGAAAAAACGUUAUGAGGAAGUAUUGUCCCUGUUUUCCUCUAUGGUUUCAUUCGAAAAGCCUGAUCAUUUUACUCUGCUUUUUGCAUUGAAGGCGUGUUCAGCAUUAAAACAAAUAAAUUUUGGAAAAACAAUUCAUGGGUUAGGGAGGAAAUAUGGUAACAUACAUUCAAACAUGUUUCUUGGAUCGGGCCUCGUUGAGAUGUACUCAAAAUGUGGAAAUAUGGACGAUGCUUUACGCGCAUUUGAGGAAUAUUCAAACCCGGAUAUAGUUUUAUGGACUACUUUGGUUACUGGGUAUGAGAAGAACUUCGUGCCUGAUGAAGCGCUAGAGGUUUUUACGCGAAUGGUGAUGGCAUGUUGCGUUGGUCCAGACCCAAUAACUCUUGUUACUGCUGUCUCUGCUUGUACUCAGUUGAUGAAUUUGAAAGCUGGAAAAAGUGUUCAUGCAUUUGUGUUACGAAUGUGUUAUGAAAGUCCCCUUCCUUUAUCAAACGCUUUGCUGAACUUAUAUGCGAAAACUGGGUUCACAUUUUGUGCAGGAAAUUUGUUUAGGGUGAUGGAGGAGAAAGAUGUAAUCUCGUGGAGCUGUAUGAUCUCUUGUUGUGCUCAUAAUAAUGCUGCUGAUAGAGCCAUAAGUCUUUUUGACGAGAUGAUAUAUAAAGGAGUUGAACCCAACUCGGUGAGUGUGAUCAGUGCUUUGCAGGCGUGUGAAGCUUGUUGUAAUUUAGAGAAAGGCAGGCAAAUACAUGAACUAGCUUUUCAGAAAGGUCUUGAACUGGAUAUAUUGGUCUCUACUGCUUUGAUUGAUAUGUACAUGAGCUGCUGUUCACCUCACGAAGCGAUUAUGGUAUUUGACAGGAUGCCCAACAAAGAUCUUGUUUCUUGGUUUGCUCUGUUGUGUGGCUGUGUUCAAAAUGGAUUGGCCAACAAGUCCAUGCAAAUAUUUCGUGAUAUGAUGGCCAACGAUAUCCGACCUGAUGCUACUGUGAUGGUUAAAAUUCUUGGAGCUUGUUCUGAGUUGGGGGUUCUUGAGUUGACUUCUUGUCUUCAUAGUUAUGUAAUUAGAGGUGGGUUCUUAAGCAAUUCGUUCGUGGGGGCUUCACUUAUUGACUGUUACGCGAAAUGUGGUAGCAUGGAGGAGGCUAUCAAGGUUUUUGAGAGAUUAACAGAGAAAGAUGUUGUUAUCUGGAGCUCCAUGUUUGCAGGCUACGGAAUUCACGGGCAAGCUAGGGAAUCAAUCAAGUUAUUUCAUCGUAUGUUUACAGAUUCCACGGUGUAUCCUAACAAAGUCACCUUCCUUUCCAUUUUAGCAGCUUGUAGUCAUGCAGGUUUUGUUGAAGAAGGGAUUGAAUUCUUCAACAUAAUGUUAAAUAAGUACCAACUGAUGCCAGAAUCAAAGCAUUAUGCAAUCAUUGUUGAUCUACUCGGACGAACCGGAGAAUUGGACAAGGCUAUGAGCCUCAUUAACCAAAUGCAGUCACAGGUUGGAGCACAUGUAUGGGGCGCCUUGCUUGGUGCUUGCAGGAUUCAUCAGAGUGCAGAGAUUGGAGAUGUCGCUGCCAGGAAUCUUCUCCGGUUAGAUCCAGAUAAUGCAGGAUACUAUAUCCUGUUAUCAAAUGUAUAUGCUGUUGAUGGGAAAUGGGAUGAUGCAGCUGAACUUAGACGUUCAAUUAAAGAGAAAGAACUGAAAACGAUAACUGGCCAAAGUGUUGUACUUUAGGAAUGAGUUCCAUGUGUUUUUUGCCAACGGUGAUAUUCCAUCACUGGGACAUAAGAGCAUAUCUAAUUUAAACAUUCUGCUGCAUCAUGCUGAAA